AUGUCCACCCCAAUUCCACCAUGCAACGGUGGUGCUGGUGCACCUCGGACUGUCGUUGACAAGGGAGCGACCAUACCUGACCUCCCUCAAUAUGCUCAGGGAUACGACGGGUCGCUCAGAUACAACACAGACGGACUUGGCAUGACUUAUAUCAGCAUUGUCGUGGUGUGGACCUGCCUCCUACUUCCCGCAAUCAUUUUUCUCCUCAAGAAUCGAGAUCUUCCAUAUCUUCGCAUGCGAAACAUCCCUUUGGCAGUCAGCGCUGUCGCUACUCUCCAUGUGUAUUGGAUACUAUGCUUAAUUGCAUAUGUUUUGAAUGGCUACUUUCCAUGCACCACAGAAUACUGGAUCAUGAGCAUCUAUCUUCCUCUUGGGAUCGCACUAUUCCAGGCUUCGAACUCUCAGUUGCUUUCAAUUGCCACCGCCCAGAAAGAGUACAUUCAAGGCCGUGCCGUCGGCAGGCCACAAGCACCUCCACCUGCUCGGGCCCGUGGACUACGCAAAUAUUGGCAGAGACUUAGGGAGUAUAAUGCUACCAAGAACACUAUGGCAUGGAUCGGCAUUGGGAUGGUUCUCCAAGUCGCCGUCGCAUUAAUUGUCUUUCUCACCUCGAGGCAAUUCCGCCGGGCAUUUGGAAACUCACAAUCUGCUGCUGAGAACCUUCAAUGUCGGAGGGGCUGGGAAUGGUGGCCCUCAAUCGCCUGGCAAUUAUUUUGGGCUUGGAUCUAUGCCCCAAUCCUGCUUUGGCGGGUUCGCAAUAUUCGUGAUGUUCAUGGAUGGAGAUCACAGACUGUCGUUUGCAUCGUGGCUGGACUGCCGGCUUCACCAAUGUGGCUGAUUGCUUUGUACGCGCCUGGCAUGCGUGCUGCCGAUUUCUAUUUCAUCCCUCCCAUGUGGUUCUCCAUCUCUAUUGUUCUUAUGCAGGGCUGCAUGAUAUUCGUUCCCUUCUUCCAAGUUUUCAAGAACCGUAGCUUGGAGACCGAGACGCGCGAGAUCAUCGCCGAAUGGGAGCAGAAACAGAAGUCGAAUGGUUCUGUCAUGUCCGAAUCCACAAAGAGUGGUGCUCGAUCGCGAGUCUCAACCAGGCAAUCAAUCAAAACCACCGCGAGCAAUCGCCACUGUGAAAUGUAUACGAUGGGCACCCUGGAGAAAACACUCCAACUCAAUCCACAGCCUCUCCUCAUGUUUUCGGCGACCAAGGAUUUUUCUGCAGAGAACAUCAGUUUCCUGAUUCAUGUUAAAGAGUGGAAGGCCAACUGGGCCUCGAAACCACCUAAGUCGAUCAAGUCGAACAAGCAGCAGAAAGCUGAACCUGCAAAGGUACCAGACAAAGCACUGGUGCGCCAGCAAUUCCAGCGAGCCGUUGGCAUUUACGCUUCUUUCAUCAGUCUGAAGUAUUCUGACUUCCCAAUCAACAUCUCGUCGCAACAUCUGCGAGACUUGGAAGCCAUAUUUGAACAAUAUGCUGCAUUGGUCUGUGCCAGACCUGCGCCAAAUGCUGCUACUCCGUUCGACAAUUUUUGGUCUUCCACUGUUGCUGAAGAUCUCGAAAGCCAACCGGGUAGAGACCAGCUGUCAGUGGUUUCCACCAUCACUGAAGAGACUGGCAGGAUUGAAGAUCGGCUCAUUUCUGAUCCUACUCGUCAGCUUGGAGAACUCAAAAUGACCAACUUUGGUGAAAGAUUGCCCGACAACAUCGGCAUUCCUUAUUUAUUCGACCCGACGGUCUUUGACAAGGCCGAAUCGAGUAUCAAAGAACUGGUCUUGACGAACACUUGGGCGAAAUUCGUCAAAGCGGGCUUUGCACAGCAAGAAAAGCAAGGAGUGGCAGCCAAGUUGCAGGAAACCAUAGAGAAAUGUCGAAUACGGUUCCCAAGACGGCGAUACCACGGCGGAGACACACAAAAAUGA